AUGUCGAAAACAUCUACCCUUCGUGAGUGGAAUUGGUGGGGUAAUCCAAAUAAUGGUAUAUUCAAAGGGUACAUUCAGAGGUCUGGAUUAGAGCACCUUAUUAGGUGUUCUUAUCGGAAUGCUGAUAAGAUUGUGGUGUCUACAUUUGUUGAGAGGUGGCAUCCCGAAACGAACACCUUUCACAUGCCUUUUGGUGAGAUGACCAUUACAUUGGAUGAUGUGUCAUCUAUUUUAGGCAUUCUUGUGUCUGGUGCAGCGGUUGCUCCUCUUGGAGAUGACAACGACACAAAUUUUGAGUUGUUAGUUAAGUACUUAGGAGUGACUGAUGAAGAGACUGGCACAAGAGUUCAAAUUGUGUACCUUAGACUACUUAGAAACCUUGAUAGUGUUGUUGGUUAUUCAUGGGGUUCUGGGUGCUUAGCAUGGUUGUAUAGACAAUUAGGCCAAGCUUCGAGGUCUAAGGUGAAGCAGAUUGCUGGGUACAUGACUUUGCUGGAGGCAUGGGUGUAUGAGCACAUGCAUGGUGUUGUUGUCCCUGAUCAUGACCUUGAUUAUUUAGAGGUCCAGCCUCGUGCACUUCGUUGGAUUCCACGUCGAGACAAUGGCACAACGUCGGUAGACGUGCAGAAGUAUAGACAACGGCCAGCACAGACUUACCGAAUAAGUUGGCCAGCACAGACUUUUCAUAUUUUAACAACAUAA